GUAUGAGGGUAAUCUUCGCUUCCACCGGCGAGAUGCCACUUUGCUCCGUAACGGUUGUGAAUGGAGUGUAGUGGUGUUUAGACGUGUACCUAUUUAACCUGCCAACUUCCCGUUCUUCAGUACAGCAGUUCCAAGAGUUCAACAAUUAGCUUCAACAUAAUCAAUCAAACACUUUCUCGAGAUUUUUCCAGUAUCUAUAUUCGAGCCGAAUAUAGUAUUUUUUAUCAGUCAUCUCUUCGAUCAAGAUGUCUCUCGAUUCACUAUUCACCCCUGAGAGUGGUAACAAUUUUACAAAGAUAACCUACCAUGAUACCUACUCCCCAAUUACUCCUGAUACUUCCACUCCAACUCAUAGUGGCAAAGUAGUUUUUGUAAGCGGAGCAUCGAAAGGGAUUGGUCUUGAAGCCGCCAUCUCAUACGUCAAAUCCGGUGUAUCUGGUAUUGUUAUCAGCGGACGGUCUUCCUUGGCUUCUGUGGAAAGAGAAAUCGAGGAAGUUUGUAAAUCAGCAAAUAUUCCCGUUCCAAAAAUUCUUGCUUUGAAGCUUGAUAUACUUGAUUAUGCAAGCGUCACAGAAGCUGCUAAAUCCAUCGAGACAACUUUCGGUCGAUUGGAUAUUCUCAUUAAUAAUGCAGCGUACUUUUCUGAUGUAGAGAAUUUGGCGGAAGGAGACAAAGAUGAAUGGUGGAUGGGGUUUGAAGUUAACAUCAGAGGAUUGUACUGGGUUACGAAGAGUUUAUUGCCAUUGUUACUAAAGACAGAUGGUGGCGAUAAAACUAUUGUGAAUGUGACGAGUAUAGCGUCUUUACUCGUAUCCCCUGGAAUGAGUUCGUAUCAGAUAUCGAAAUUCGCGUUGGCGAGAUUCACAGAAUCAUUAACUGUUGAGUAUGGGGAUCAAGGUUUACUUGCAUAUUCCAUUCAUCCUGGAAGUGUGCCAACUGACCUGGCGCAAGGAUUGCCGGAAGAUUUCAAAGGAUUACUCAUAGACACCCCACAGCUUCCCGCCGACACGCUCACAUAUUUGACGUCUCAAAGGAGAGGAUGGCUCGCUAGUAGGUACCUCAGUUGUAACUGGGACAUGAACGAAAUCAUGAGCCGAGAGAAAGAGAUAGUUGAUGGAGAUAAGUUGAAAUUCCAGAUGAAGUUUUAAGGUUGGAGAGAUGCGAGAACGGACAGGACUCUGGUUCUGGUGGUUUAUUAGUGUAUUCGUACUAUUUAUUAUGUCAUGAGUGUUUAGUUCUGUUUGCAUGAAUGAGGAAGAGCUUCAAAGGCGUCUUUA